AUGCGCGGUUACCGUCGCUCAAGAUUCAGUUUCGUGAGGCCAGAGGACGUCCACCUCCAGAGAGUGCUGUGGAGCCAGGACGCAGACUCCCCCGCCCACCACUACGCGCUGCAAACCGUCACUUACGGCGAAACCUGCGCACCUUACCUGGCCCUCCGGACCAUCAGACAGCUCUACGCCGACGAGGGCGCCCGCUUCCCACUCGCCCGAGAGGCCGCUGAGAACGACCUCUACAUGGACGACUUCCUCAGCGGCGGCCACAGUUUGGAGACAACCCGACGCCUCAGGGACCAGCUAAUCGCGCUCCUCACGGCGGGCGGCUUCCACCUACGGAAGUGGGUGGCCAGCGACCCCGCCUUGCUUGAGGACAUCGCCGUGGACGAUCGCCUUCGACCCAGCUGGGUCCAUCUCUCGGCGGACGGACCAGUCACCGAGCUCGGAGUAGGCUGGAACCCGACCACCGACCGAUUCCGGUUCAAGCCUCCCGCCUCGCCUCAUCCUGGGCUUCAGCUGACUAAGCGCAAGGCCCUCGCCGAGCUCUCCACUAUCUUCGAUCCGGCGGGAUGGCUGGCGCCAAUCACCCUCGUGGCUAAGAUGAUCGUGCAGGAUCUGUGGAGAGCAAAGCUGAGCUGGGACGAGAUCUUCCCACAGGCGUGGCAGGACAAGUGGUCCGCAUUCCGCUCCACGAUCCUCGCGGCCACCGAGAUCGACAUCCCCCGAUGGAUCGGGCUCGCACCCGACAAGAACCUCCAGCUCCACGCGUUCGCCGACGCCAGCCGCCACGCCCUAGCCGCCACAGUCUACUCGCGGGUCACUGACAAGGACGGAAGCGUCACCACGGCCCUACUCAACGCUCGGACAAAGCUCUCCUCCAUCAAGAGCCUCCAGCCAGCGUCAACCGGUCGCCUGCGCAUGACAAUCCCGCAACUGGAACUGCGCGCGGCUCUCAUCGCCUCGCAGCUUCUCACCACCACCGCCUCCACUCUCAAGGUCCCGAUCUCGGCCUGCCACCUUUGGAGCGACUCUCGCGUCGCACUGCAUUGGCUGCAGUCCGACGAACCGGUGGGGAACGACCUCGUGGACAACUACAUCGCCCACGUCCAGGAAUUGAUUGCCGGAGCAACCCUUCACCACGUGCCCAUCACCGACAAUCCCGCGGACAUCGCCUCUAGGGGGGUCGGUUCGGACGCCCUCAAGGAACACCGCCUCUGGUGGACCGGGCCCAAGUGGCUGUCCAGCCCCGAAUCCGCCUGGCCCCAGACCGCCCUCGCCGACGACCCACCGUGUACAGGCCCGGGCGACACCACCACGGCCUGCCUGGUCUCGCUCGCUCGUCGCCGAAGCCCUACCGCCACGGAGGACCAAGCCCGGAACCACCUCGAAAAUUUCUCCACGCUAGGGAGUCUCCUCCGCGGCACCGUGAGGGCCCACCGGCUGCUGACCGGGUCAACGACCAACUCGCCCAGACCUUUGGGGCCCGUCCGAGCUGCUGACCUCCGCUGGGCCUUUCUCACCUGCGCCCGCCUCUCGCAACGUCAAACCUUCGCGGAUGAGAUCAAGCUCCUCCAAGGACCCGCGCCCCGGCUCCAGGCCUCACUCAGAUCGCUGGAACCCUUCCUAGACGAAGACGGACUCCUGAGAGUGGGCGGACGCCUCUCCCAAUCUCCACUGCUCUACGACGAGCGCCACCCCGUCCUCCUGGACGGACGCUCGCACCUGGCAGAGCUCGUCCUCCGAUGGGCCCACGCUCGCAGCCUGCAUGGAGGCUUUCGCUCUACCUACGCGAGAGUCCUGCAGAAGGCGUGGAUCACCGGCGGCAAGUCGCGCGUCAAGCGCCACCUUCGCCAGUGCCUGAUCUGCGCCCGGAUCUCCGCAAGGACAGCCGCCCAAGGGAUGGCCCCCCUCCCCGCGGUCAGGGUGACCCCCUCGCGGCCCUUCAGUCACUGCGGCGUGGACUAUGCCGGCCCAUUUCCACUCUGCCGAAGCCGCGGACGGGGACUCCCUACCAUCAAGGGAUACGUGGCACUUUUCGUGUGCAUGAGCACGAAAGCGAUCCACCUGGAGCUCGUCGGUGACCUGACGACGGCCAGCUUCCUCGGAGCCCUCACCCGAUUCAUCGGGAGGAGAGGACGCCCAAACGAGAUCUGGAGCGACAAUGGCACCAACUUCCGCGGUGCCAGCCUAGAGCUUCGACGACUGCUGCAGGAGGCCGAAAUCGACUGGGGGCUGGUCGAAGGGACGCUAGCACAGGACGGCGUCUCGUGGAGAUUCAUCCCCCCCGCUGCCCCUCACUUCGGCGGACUCUGGGAGGCCGGCGUGAAGAGCAUGAAAGUCCACCUUCACCGCGUUGCCGCCCCCAGAAGGCUCACCUACGAGGAGUUUACCACGCUCCUCGUCUCCAUCGAGGCCACCCUGAACAGUCGACCGCUCGCGCCGCCCACCGGAGACCUCGACGAUCUGGACGCCCUGACACCGAGCCACUUUCUCCUCGGAACCUCUGCCACCUCAAUUCCGCAGCCGCUCCCCGCAACCACCAACCUGGAGAGCACACAGCACUGGGAGCUCGUCCGAGCCAUGCGCGGGCUGUUCUGGGACCGCUCGGGCCGCGAGUACCUGAAUACCCUGCGCCAGCGCCCCAAGUGGAGGACCAUUCGCCCUAACCUCCAGGUCGACGACCUUGUGGUCAUAACCGACCCUACUCUCCUGCGCCCAGAUGGGCGAUAG